AUGCUUCCAGAUCUCCGAGAUAUCACCAAACACAAUAUUCAAACAUUCCGGCGUCGAUAUGUAUCGGAGAUUUCGGGCUCCCUGGGCGAUCUGGGGACAUUUCUCCCUAUAGCUAUCGCACUGGCCGUCAACGACACCAUUUCGCUCUCUAGCACGCUUAUCUUUUCCGGGAUCUACAAUAUAAUCACCGGUCUCUUCUUUGGCAUACCGCUACCUGUCCAGCCUAUGAAAGCUAUUGGAGCGGUUGCUAUUGCCAGAUCAUUCAGUAAUGGUACCAUUGCAGCCGCGGGGCUUUUUGUCAGCAUAUGUGUAUUGAUCUUCAGUAUAACCGGUCUACUGCACUGGUUUACCAAUGCUAUCCCCAUUCCAGUUAUCAAAGGAAUCCAGGUUGGUGCAGGAUUGUCCUUGAUCAUCGCGGCCGGAGGGAAUAUACUCUCGUCUUUGUCGUGGAUCCAUCCCUCAUGGGCUGAUAACCGCAUCUGGGCGAUUGCGGCGUUUCUGGCUCUUCUUGGCUCAAACAUUUAUCGGAAGGCUCCUUAUGCGUUGUUGGUGCUCUUCUUGGGCCUAGUAUUCGCCAUAAUUCGCACGGCUACCGGCCCCUCGGCUCGCCUGCCCUCGUUCCAACUCUGGAAUCCGACUGCCAAUGUACCAGGGCCACAUGAGUGGCUCGUGGGUACUGUUGAUGCUGGUAUCGGACAACUACCACUCACGACUUUGAACUCAAUUGUGGCAGUUACACAUCUGGCAAGUGAUCUUCUGCCACAGGUACGUACUCCAUCCACCACCUCAAUAGGGGUCAGCGUGGCUGCCAUGAACCUCGUCGGAUGCUGGUUCGGUGCGAUGCCCGUGUGCCACGGAUCUGGUGGUCUUGCGGCACAGUACCGGUUUGGCGCUCGUUCCGGCUCGAGCGUGGUAUUCCUGGGUGUGCUCAAGGUGGUUAUUGGACUUGUUUUCGGUGAGACGCUCGUGGACUUGUUGAAGCGCUUCCCAGCGGCAUUGCUGGGAGUCAUGGUGAUCGCGUCGGGGUUGGAACUGAUAAGUGUGGGCGAGAGUCUGAACACAUCCGAUGCACGAGAUUUGGCCAAUAGUCAGCAUGUGCUGAGUGAGGAUGAAUGCCGGAAGCGCUGGACUGUUAUGAUGGUCACUGUUGGUCUCUUGGUGGGGUUCAAGAACGAUGCUGUUGGGUUUUCGGCUGGGAUGCUACCAACCGCAAAGAUGGCACUGUCUCAAGACCAACUUACCUUCUUCAAUGAAAACGGCUACCUCGUUCUCCCAGACUACCUCUCUCCUACCGAAAUCUCCUCCCUAAUCACAGAAACCAACCACCUCCUCGAAACCUUCCCGCUAGAAUCCCACCCCCUCACGCAAUUCACAACGGGCGACGAUAACGAUUCUAAAAAAGACCAUGUCGGCGAUGAUUACUUCUUAACCUCCGGUGAUAAAGUACGCUUCUUCUUCGAGCCGGAUGCGUUCACCUCCGAUUCCCAGAAACCGAACGAGAAACCGACGCUGAAUAAACCGAAACAUCUCGCGAUUAAUAAGAUCGGGCAUGCACUACAUGCGUUGUCACCACCAUUUGAAAAAGUUUCCCUCUCAGAGCGGAAUGCUGCAAUUGCAAAGUCGCUUGGUUUCACCGACCCCCGCGUGCUCCAGAGUAUGGUUAUCUGCAAACAGCCCUCGAUAGGCGGUGCUGUGCCCUCCCACCGCGACUCGGAGUUUCUGUACACGAGUCCCCCGUCUGCAGUCGGGUGGUGGUAUGCACUACAAGACGCUGGACCCAAGAACGGCACGCUGGGGAUGUAUAAGGGCUCGCACAAGGGGUCUAAGGGAGGUGCGAUUAAGAGGCGAUUUGUGAGGAAGUUUGGGGAGGGGGGUGUUACGGUUGGGACGGAGUUUGUGGAGAAUGAUGGGCCACAGCUGCCCAAGGGGAUGGAAGAUAAUGUUGGAGAAGGAGGGGAGGAGGUGGAAGUGUUGGAUAUCAAGGCUGGGUCGUUGGUGUUGAUUCAUGGGAACGUGCUGCAUAAGAGUGAGAAGAAUACGAGUGGGAGGAGUCGGUUUGCGUAUACGUUCCAUGUUAUUGAAGGGGGUGAGGGGUGGGAGUAUGAUGGGAGGAAUUGGUUGCAGCCGCCGGAGGGUGGGUUUUCCAAGCUCUAUCGAUCUUGA